AUGAUGUUACAAAAACGAAAAAGAAAUGUCGAAGAUGAUCAGGAAUCAGACUCCAGCGGCUUUUCCAUAGUUCAGGCUCUUUCAGAAGACGAAAUCGAUAUCUCAUCUGCUCUGACCGGUAAAAAACUGCUUCGAGAUGCACCUACAUCUAUUGAAGCGGAUGGUGAAGACGAUGAUGACCUAAAAGAUAUAAUUCACAACUCCAUAGCGAAGCGGAACGUCAAGGGUGGGACAGAGCUACUCAAGAAAACGAAAGGAAAAGCAAAAAUGGCCAAGGGUGAGGUUGGUGGAGGCAGUUUCCAAAGCAUGGGUCUUCACCCUUCUCUCUUACGUUCUCUAACCCUCCAGGGUUAUCGCACACCCACUCCAAUUCAACGCCUUGCUAUUCCUUCUCUCCUUGCCAAUCCACCACGCGAUCUGGUUGGAAUGGCACGAACAGGAUCUGGAAAGUCACUAGCAUAUAUGAUCCCUCUCGCCCAGCGGCUUAGUGGUCGACACGCUUCAACUUUCGGUGCACGUGCCCUUAUCCUUUUGCCAGCUAGAGAGCUUGCAUUACAGGUCCUUCGUGUAGGCAAAGACCUGACGCGUGGAUGGCACUCCAGUGAGGGCGCACAUGCUGGUGAUGGGAAAGGUGAAGAUGGAGGAAAGGGCCAAAGUCUAAGAUGGGGCUUGGUGGUCGGUGGAGAAGGUUUGGAUGAGCAGUUUGAAAUGAUCACAAGCAAUCCAGACGUUAUUAUCGCAACACCAGGUCGUCUACUACAUUUAAUAGUGGAAAUGAACCUGGACCUAAAAUCUGUGGAAUAUGUUGUAUUUGAUGAGGCGGAUCGUCUCUUCGAAAUGGGUUUCGAGACGGCGCUGAAUGAAAUUCUUCACCGACUUCCACCCUCCCGCCAAACACUGCUCUUCUCCGCUACACUUCCAAAAUCUCUUGUGGAAUUUGCCAAGGCUGGCUUACAGGACCCCAAACUCGUACGAUUGGAUGCAGAAAGCAAAAUAAGCACCGAUCUUCGGAUGGCUUUCUUUUCUAUCAAGCAAGCUGAAAAAGAUGCCUGUCUCCUCUCCCUUCUCAGGGAUGUGAUUCGUGUACCUCUUGGCAGCACUGUUCCUGAAUCAAAUACAACUACCAGUACCUCGACUAGAUCUCGCAACGACAAGGGCAAACGCAAAGAACAACAGCACACAGCUCCACAUCAAACUUUGAUUUUCGCAGCCACAAAACAUCAUGUGGAAUAUCUAUCACAGUUGCUCGCUGCCGUUGGAUAUGCUGUUUCACAUAUUUACGGCGCGCUAGAUCAAGGGGCUCGAACACAACAGAUGGACCACUUUAGGCGUGGUUUAACUAGCAUACUCGUUGUAACUGAUGUUGCUGCACGUGGUAUCGAUAUCCCAGUCCUCGAAAACGUGGUCAACUAUGAUUUUCCACACGGUGCAAGGGUGUUUGUACAUCGAGUAGGGCGAACGGCGAGAGCUGGAAGGAAAGGUUGGGCGUGGUCGUUCGUAACGAGCACAGAAUUGCCUUACCUUCUCGACUUGCAGCUCUUUCUUGGGCGUCCAUUAACAAACGAAGUGCCAAAGGGAGCUGGUGAAGAAGCAUACACUUCAUCGCUUGUGCUAGGCACAUUCCAACGUGAGAACAUUGACGAGGAUGUAGAGUAUGUUCGUGCUCUGGACGCAGCACACCACUCACUUCCCACAUUACGAGAAGUAAUGCGUCGUGGACAGGGGCUGUACGAACGGAGUAAAGGGAAAGCCAGUCAAGCAAGCUAUAAGCGUGCCAAGGAAAUGGGAAAGAGUGGUCAAUGGGCGCUAGCGGGUGCUGUAGAAGCAGGCGUGCAUCCUGUGCUUAUGAUGCGUGGGGGAGUUGGGGAGAAGGCGAUAGAUAUGCAAGAGGAGAGGAAAAAGUUGAUGAAGGUUGUUAAUGCAUUCAAGCCGGCGGAAACAGUAUUUGAGGUUGCUGCAAAGGGAAAAGGAAAGACCAACGGAGCCAACUCAUUGUUAAUGAAAGAAAGGAGGAAAGCGCUUCAAAAAUCGGCAGCAAGAGCUACACUGGCUUCCACAUCUGCUGCAGCUCCAGAUUCGGAAGAUGACGCGGAGCUUGGAGAAGACCACUCUGAGCGUGAAGAAGUGGAAAUGGCGGAUGAACAAGAUAUUGCAACUGUUUUCCAAACAUCGAAUAAAAAACGCGGCAAGGACAGUUAUCGCGAUGAAGAAUUUUUUAUGUCACAUUAUCAAAAGGAUGCUUUGACGGAGAAAGGUUACUCUCUAAAUGACGGCGCAUCAUCUUUCGCGGAACAAGCCCGCGGAGCCACAUUUGAUCUCGCAGGUGACGAAGCUACUGUCGCCGAACGUCAACGUCACAAGCAGACAUGGGAUAAGAAAAAGAAAAAAUUUAUCAAAGGCGAUGGAGUUGGUGCAGACAACGUCAAGCUCGUUCGAACAGAAAGUGGGACCCGUCUUCCCGCGACUUAUCGUAGCGGCCGCUUCGAUGAAUGGAAGGCAAAGAGCCGAGUUUCACUGCCAAAGGUUGGCGAAGCUGAGCAGGAGCGGCACGGGUCAAAAUUAGGUCCAGGAGGUCGUAAAUACAAGCAUAACAAAAUUGUGGAGGGGAAGCCUCUAGACAAACUCAGCAAAGACUAUGAGCGCAAGAUGCGCCAAAAUAAAAAGAAAGAGACGACAGAUGGAAACGAGGAUGGUGGAGCAACAAAGUCUAGCUCGUCGAGAUAUAAGGGUGGAAAGGCCAAACCUGCUGGAAGAUAUGGUGGGAAGUCGAUAGGGAAGGUUAGGACCGAGAUCAAGACAGUUGAUCAGAUACGGAAGGGCAGGAAGACGCUCCAGCAGAGAAAAGCUAAGAAUGCACGACCCAGUCACAGCAAAAAGGGUAGGCGGUAG